AUGGCGCGGUGGCGGAUCACCCAGUUCACGCCGGCCAGCGCAGAGGUGCAGCCGAAGAAUUUCCAGGAGCGGGUGUGUGCGGUCCUCGUGAUCCUCGCAGGCAUGGUCGGGUUUUCUACGUUCGUGAGCAGCAUCACGCAGGCUAUGGCCCGCCUGCAUCACGCCCGCAGGGCCGAGCUGGAGCAGCAUGCGCGCAUGAGGCGCUUCUUCAUCGAGAACCAGAUCUCCUUCGACGUGGGCAAUCGAAUCAAUAUUUUCCUCAAGGAGCGCAACUUCAACAGGCAGAGCAGGACCUUCGAGAGCGACGUGGCCAGCUUCGCCAUUCUGCCCGAGGGCCUGCGCCGCGAGCUCCACGCGGAGAUGUACCGCCCGGUGGCGGCCACGCAUUAUUUCCUGCACCAUGCCCUCCAUUUGGACCAGGGCUUCGCGGAGGAACUUUGCCACCACGCCAUGUCCGAGUUCUCCGUCGAGCGGGCCGGGGAGCUCUUCGGACCACCCCACGGGGCGUCAGAGGCCGCCUUCCACGUCCGCAGCGGCGUCGGGGAUUACGUCCGGCGGGGAGGUCAGGCCCUGGCCGCCAUGCGCUUGGCCGGAAAGUGGCUGUGCGAGGUGGCUCUGUGGCUGGAGUGGAGGCCUCGCGGCAGCAUCGUCGCGACGUCGAUGCUGGAGUGCGUCGCCCUCGACGCCCCAGCGUUCAGGAAGUUGGCCAGCAGCAAGGCGAUCCUCCUCCUCGUCUGCGCGAGGUACGCGAGGGAGUACAGGAGCCACCUGAUCGCCGCCGAGGACCGGGAGACCUCGGCGGAGCUGGGCUUCAAUAUGGAGGUGCAGGAGCAGAUGGUCAGCGCGGCGUUCUCGGAUUCCGACGUUUUCGCGAGGUCAGAGACAUUCAGCAGCUACGUCAGAGUCUCCAGCCCGCUCGCCCGGCUCGGCCCCAGAGCGUUCCGCAGAGCAGUCCAGUAG